AAUCAAAAGGGAGAGAGAGAGUGAGAGAAACCUAUCAAGAAGAAGAAGAAAAAAAAAAAAACCUAGAGAAAAGAGAAAUGGGGGGUUGAAUUUGUGAGAGGAGAGGAGGGUGAGGAGACUUUUUGUCCUGUAAAGCACAUCAUCACCCACUAUUCCCACCUAUAAACCUUGGGUCAUCCUUCCCCAAUUUUCCCAACAAUCUCAGACAGCCUUCAAAGAGUUUCUUGCUUAGAGAAAGAGAACAAGAAGAAAGCAUAGCUAGAGAGAUGGGUCGAGCUCCUUGUUGUGAUAAGAACAAUGUGAAAAGGGGACCAUGGUCACCAGAAGAGGAUGCUAAGCUUAAGGCUUAUAUUGAUCAUUUUGGUACUGGAGGCAACUGGAUUGCACUUCCUCAAAAAAUUGGGCUUAAGAGAUGCGGAAAGAGUUGCAGACUGAGAUGGUUGAAUUACUUGAGGCCUAACAUCAAGCACGGUGGAUUCUCUGAAGAAGAAGACAAUAUCAUCUGCAACCUCUAUAUAAGUAUUGGCAGCAGGUGGUCCGUAAUUGCUGCACAAUUACCAGGAAGAACAGAUAACGAUAUCAAGAACUAUUGGAACACAAGACUAAAAAAAAAGCUCCUAGGAAGACGCAAACAAUCUAGCAUCAAUCGGAUAUCAUCCACGAAUCCAGAUGCCGACGGGGUAGAAGAUAGCUCAUCUUCACAGGCCUUAAGUAACGCAGCACUUGAAAGGCUCCAGCUGCAUAUGCAGCUUCAAAGCCUUCAAAACCCUAACUCUUUCUACAACAAUCAUGUACUGUGGCCCAAGUUGCAUCCUUUCCAAGAGAAGAUGGUCCUUCAAUCCCUGAAAGAAAGCUUUAGCCCUCUUAUGCAAUAUGCUUUCCCUAGUCCUCAACAAGGGGAUGAACAAAAGGUUGUUAUGUAUGGGCAGCUAGUUGAUUCUGACACGCGUCAACAAGGUCAUCCAAAAUUCAGCAACUCAAGCGUAGUGGGCUUGGAGAAUUCCUUGAAUGGUAUAACAUCCUCAGACAGUUAUAUUCCCUUCACCAGUGGUGACCAUGCAAUGGACUUGACUAUUGUUUCAAGAGCAGGCGUGGUAGAGCCAGCUGAUGCAGCAGCCCAGCCUGUUCCGAAUUUCCAAUCUGAGCUCGAAAACUUUCUCAACAGCAAAACAUCUGGUUUUACUUCACAGGAGGAUAAGAUUGGUGAAUUUGGUUGUUUCAAAGAAAUGAAUCGUUACGGGGAAGGCAUGAAUUGGUGGUCUAAUGACUUUGAGAUAAAGGCCUCCUCAAAUUCUUGGGAUUCCGCUUCUGUUCUAAAGUCUGAAGGGAUGUUUCAUGAUUAUGAAUUAGGCUACAAUAUGUAAUCACCAAUAACAAGAAAUAUUAGGGAGUGGUCUAAACUUAAUUACCUAUUUGCAAUGGUAAUAAGAUGGGGAGGAAAGAGAGAAGUCUAUCCGCUGCAGGUUUUGUAAAUUAAGUGAAUAAUAAUGUUAAUUUCCUUUUCAUUA